GCCAUUUGUUGCCAAGCAACAGCAACUCCUACCGGCUUGCAACAGUUGGCGGUAAAACUGCUCCAGGCUGCGGUAGAAUCAUGUGCGAGGGCCCGUCCCGCAUCUCUGGACCCAUUCCCCCAGACCCUACACUCUGCCCGGACUACUACAGGCGGCCGGCCUCGGCCCAAGGUCGCCUGGAAGGAAACACGCUGAAGCUGGACCUGCUGACUUCAGGUCGCGACCUGGACUCCUGUCCUCCUCGUGGCCCCCGCAUCAGGCCUGGAGCCCUAGAGAUCCUAGAGCGUGGUCAGCGAGGCGUGGGGGACGUGCUGCUGCAACUGGGGGGCAUCUCCCUUGGUUCAGGGGUGUCUCCUAAGAGAAAGGAUUCAAAAGACCAUGAGAAGGAAAACCUGAGGCGGAUCAGAGAGAUUCAGAGGCGCUUCCAAGAUCAAGAACGCAGCCGGGAGCAGGGCCAGCCUAAGCCCCUGAAGGCACUGUGGCGCUCACCCAAGUACGACAAUGUGGAGUCUCGAGUCAAGGCCAGGAUGAAGGAGCCUGGCCCUGCCUCUGUGACGGAGCCUGCCCACUUCCUUCGGGCACACUCCCGCUGUGGACCUGGGCUCCCACCAUCCCGCGUCUCCAGUCCUCAGCCUGCCCUGCCAGGUGCCAAAGCCAAGGGGCCAGGCCUGGGUGUGGAUUUCAUUAGUCACAAUGCCCGAGCUGCCAAGAGAGCCCCGCGGCGCCAUUCCCGCUCCCUGCAGGUCCUCACACAGGCUCUGGAACAGCAGCGGCAAGCCCAGGAACACUACAAUGCCACACAGAAAGGCCAUGUGCCCCAUUACCUGUUGGAACGCAGGGAUCUGUGGCGGAGGGAAGCUGAAGCUCGUCAGCGUAGCCAGCCAGACCCUGCCGUGCCCCCUGGCCACACACUCAUGCCUGAGAACCAGCGACUAGAGACCCUGAACAGUCUGCUCCAGAGCCAGAGCCAGCUGCUGCGUGAACUAGUCCUACUACCUGCUGGGGCAGACUCUCUGAGAGCCCAAGGCCACCGUGCUGAACUGGAACGGAAACUGGUGCAAAUAGAUGAGGCUAUCAAGAUCUUUUCCCGACCCAAAGUCUUUGUGAAGAUGGAUAGCUGAGCUCUACCUCUGUGGGUAGAGUGACAGGAAGAUCCAUGCUGAGGGUCACCCAUGGCUAUGAAGGGCAAGCCAUGUCAUAGUUCCAAUGACAGGAGCACUAGGGUGGGCAGUUUCUUUAAAGCACUUCCUAGUCACCCAGCCUUCCACCUCCUAUAUCAAAAUUAAACCUUUUGUAUACA